AUGCUCUCUGAUCCGACAUUGACGACGGCACUUUCAACCUUAAAAUUCCAAAUUCCAUGUAGUAUUAUUCUGCUGGCUCUGCUCCACGACUUUCUCAAAUAUGUUCGAGCGUAUAUACCAUCUGCAAUAACGAGGCCAUUUCAAAACUUCCUGACAUUGGACGACUUGAAAACCGAGGUUGCAGUCCCCGUCCUAGUUCCGCUAUGGAAGAAACGCGUACUGGCCUCACUCGCGUUCCUGGAGGCCGCAAUCUGGCUCGCUAGUUUCUCGGCUACAGUUCUGGUCCAAAAUGUGGAGGAAUCACGGGAAGAUCUGGUGUUGUUAUUGGCUUGGUGCUUUAUCUUCGUCCGGAAUGUCACCAAACCACUGUCGACGACGCCCUACGCAUCGCUCGCCCUGAGUUUCUCGUUCUUUCUUGCUGCGGGACUCACCCUGGCCUGGAGGAUAUGGGAUUCUGAAUUCGACUACCUCGCUGCGCUGCUGGAUCUCGUUCAUCUGGCAUUGUCGGGUGCUUUCACAUGGGUGGCGGGAACCCUACCACUGAAGUCUCACUUGCCCGGCACUCGGGUCGCAAAGCCAGGCGAUAGCCCAUCCACUAGCUUCACAUGUCCGGAAGACAAUGUCACCCUGUGGUCAUGGGCAACGUUUUCCUUCGCCCAGCCUAUUUUGAACUUGGCCAUGAAGAGGACCCUUAACGAGACCGAUGUAUGGUCUCUUUCGCCGUUCUUCAAACACAAAAAUAUAUUCGAGAAGUUCCUCGAAUACAGAACUGCCUACCCAAAACAUUCGCUUCUGCGUUUCUUGCUGACCUCAAAUUCGCUAGACCUGAUCCUCAGUAUAACUCUGGAGAUGUGGAGUGCGGUGAUCGGAUUCGUUCCCGCUUACGCCCUCCAGGAGAUUCUUGCUCUCCUCAGCGAGAAUGGGCCAGAAGCCAGGCUAAAAGCAUUCUACUGGGCUGUCGUUACAUUCCUCGCACACCUUACCUUUGCUCAAAAGGAUCUACUCAAGAGUUGGCAUACUCGCAGAUGCUAUGAGAGGACACGAGGGCAGCUAUUCUGCAACCUGCACUAUAAGGCACUGAAAAGGCAAGAUGUCAGCAAGCAAGGAAGCCACGAAGAUGACAAGCAGAGCAAUGCUGAUCUGGGAAAGAUCUUGAACUUGAUGCAAGGGGAUAGUUACGCUGUAGCUCAGCGCUUCUGGGACUUCUCUGGUCUGUUCGCAUCGCCUGUACGCCUCGUCAUCGCGUUGGUGUUCUUGUACAAUGUAUUGGGGUGGAGUGCGCUGUCUGGCGUGGUAGUAGUGAUGCUGGCCUAUGCUCUCAAUUAUCCGCUGCUCAAGUAUAGCUUGUCGAUUUCAAAGUCGUCUUGGAAGGCAAGCGAUGCACGAAUGAAUGUCGUCAAUGAACUGCUACAAAACAUCAGGUUCUUAAAGUUCUACGGCUGGGAGAACCACUGGUCUGCCAAGGCCGAGCAGGCCAGAGAAACAGAGCUCAUGUGGCGCGUCCGGUCCUACGUACUCAAUACCUUGAUAAUUUUCAUUUGGAUCUGGAUUCCUUCAGCCACAGCACUCGUCUCAUUCUUAUGCUAUACUCUGAUCGCGGGUCAGCCGCUAACAGUGUCCAAGGCCUUCACGUCCAUUGCGCUAUUCUCUCAGCUGCAAGGAGCCAUGAUGGCGGUGCCCAGCGAGAUCAUGGCCAUGCUCAAUGCCUACGUGUCCAUGCAGCGCAUCGAAACUUUCCUACAAGAGGGGGAGAUCCCUGAAUGGGCGUCUUCGUUGGUAACUCGUGAAAGCGCUUCUUCCACGUCAAGUAUCGGUAUCACAGAUGGUGUCUUUGAGUGGUAUACGUCUUCCAGCGACAAAGAUGGACCUGCUCGAUUUCAACUGGGGCCCAUCAAUGUUGAGUUUGCGGAAGGAAAGCUCACACUCAUUGUUGGACCCACUGGGUCAGGCAAGAGUGCAUUCCUAGCUGCUCUAUUAGGUGAAAUGCGUUGCAUAUCCGGACAGGUGCACAUCGAUAAGCGCGACCACAAAAUUGCCUAUUGCGGGCAAGCCCCAUGGCUCGAACACGCCACCAUCCGCGAUAACAUCAUAUUUGGGUCUACGUCUGGGUUUGAGGAGGAUCGGUACCGCGCUGUAUUAGAAGCCUGUGCUCUUACUAAGGACCUUGAGAUGUUUGAUGCUGGCGAUCUGACGGAGAUCGGCGAGAAAGGCAUAACACUUUCUGGUGGCCAGAAGGCUCGAGUUGCCCUUGCUCGAGCAGUAUACUCGCAAGCCAAGUAUAUACUCCUGGAUGACCCGCUGGCCGCAGUUGAUAUGCACACCGCUGAACACCUUCUCUCUACAUGCCUGACUGGACCACUCAUCACCGGCCGGACCGUCAUCCUAGUCACUCACCAUGUGAGAAUGUGCCUACCCGCAGCGUCUUACAUCGUCGAAUUAUCGAAGGGGACCAUCUCCCGAAAAGGUACCGUCGAUAAGUUCGCCGAACUAGGUGUACUCCAAGAAGUAGUGGAGUCUGAAGAUCAACCAUUUGUCGAAGAGGUUCCUUCGAAGGACAUUCCGAAUAACGAGGCCGACCAAACUCAAAAAAAGACAACGGCUCCGGCGAAGCGGUCGAACCCGAACUCUGGCAAGCUCGUGCAAGAGGAGGUUCGUGCGGAAGGUCGAGUUAAUCCCAGCACGUACUGGUUCUACAUACGUGCCGCAGGGAUUUAUUGCUGGAUCCUCACUAUUCUUCUCAUGGGUGUUCAGCGGGUCGUCGAAAUCGGUAAUCAAGUGUUCAUCGCAAAAUGGGGUGAAGCCUAUCAGGGUUCUCCGUCAAUCCUUCCUUCGAUGCCUGAUAUCUGGAACCCCCUGCCUCCUCCAGACGUUGAUGUAAAACCCUGGUUGAUCGUAUACGUCUUGAUCUCCUUUGCUGGAGCCUUCACGGUCCUACUCUCCAUCAGCUUAGGGUUUUAUACUAGUCUUCAAGCAGCGCGCUCGCUCUUCGUCAAACUGCUCCGCCGAUUGACACGAGCACCCGCCCGCUUUUUCGACACCACCCCCAUCGGAAGAAUCUUGAAUCGAUUUACGUCGGAUAUGCGGACUCUGGACGGGACGAUCCAAGUUUCUGUUUACAGCGCACUCUCCGGUGUGCUUACAUUCGCAUCGUCAUUUGUUACCAUUGUCGUGGUGGUUCCGAACUUUGCACCUGUGGCCAUCUUCGUUGCUUGGCUAUACAUUCGGAUCGCGCCACCAUAUAUCAAUGCCUCCAGAGAUUUGCGGCGUUUGGAAUCCGUAUCUUUGUCGCCUGCAUUUGCAGGCUUUGACGAGCUUCUCCACGGCUUGGUACAUGUCCGCGCCUUUGGGAUGGAGAGCCGGUAUCAGGAAGGCUUCUACAGAAAGGUUGACAGGUUCCAAGCAUUUGAUCACGUCUAUUGGCUAGUGAAUAGCUGGCUUCGUUGGAGAUACGACUGCCUAGGAUCAAUUGUUGUCUUCGCCACAACUCUGUUCGCCCUCUGGCGAUCUGUUAGUGACGGGUCUGCGGCCAUUGUCAUAGUCCAGGCAGGAAUUUUCGCCGAAGCGUCAAGGCAGUUGGUCAGGGUUGCAGCGCAAGUAGAACUGGACUUCAACUCCGUGGAGAGGAUAGUCGAAUAUCUGGAAGUUCCGCAAGAAGCGCCAGCGAUUAAUGAGAAGAGUCGGCCGCCUGCUUACUGGCCAUCCAGUGAUGGCGGCAUCGUUGUCGAGGAUUUGGUAGUGAAGUACGCUAAAUUUCUCCCAGAUGUCCUACGGAACAUCUCGUUCUCUAUCAAACCUCGGGAGAAGAUUGGUAUUGUUGGAAGAACGGGUUCAGGGAAAUCUACCUUGGCACUUUCCCUCCUGCGUAUGGUCGAGCCAUCCGGCGGCAAAAUAAUAAUUGACGGUAUAGAUAUAUCAUCUAUCGGUUUAGAAGACCUCAGAACACGCGUGACGAUCGUCAGUCAAGACGUCUCCCUCUUCACUGGCACCCUUCGCAGCAAUUUGGACCCUUUGAAUGAGCACACUGAUCAAGAAUGCUGGGAUGUCUUGGAAAGAUGCCACCUCAAAUCAAUUAUGAAACCGGUGAACGGGGAACUUUCGCUUGAGCUGCCGAUUGGCCAGGAAGGGACGCUGAGCGCUGGUGAACGUCAGCUUGUUGCAUUGGCUCGGGCGGUACUGCGGCGGACGAACAUUGUAAUCCUGGACGAGGCCACUUCGCAGAUAGACAAUAAACUUGACGAUCAAAUACAGACCACUAUACGAGAGGAACUCGCAUCGGCAUUGGUCAUCACCAUCGCUCACAGGCUGAUGACAAUCAUAGACUAUGAUCGUAUCCUCGUCCUGGAUAACGGCGAAAUCCUAGAGUUCGCACCUCCUCGCGAGUUGCUUGCGAACCCGGGAAGCGCGUUUAGGGAGAUGUGCAAAAGGAGUGCAGACUGGCCGAUCUUACAAGCUGGUCUGAACGGGGAGUCUUCGUGA